AUGACUGGUAAUGUUGUCCGUACGCCUGCCUCUAGAGCUGUUUCUAAGAGCAAAGCUAACGACAAGUCUAAGUCUAAGAUUGGUCGUCCUCGAUCUGGAAGCUUGACCCUAUCUAAACGCUCCAUCGAGAGUGAAGACAACAUCAACAAUGAGGUCUUAUCUGAUGAUGAUCUACCUGUCGGUAGUGAUCUAGAACCUGAAGUUCUCGACACGGCUACUGAUGAUGGUAAUGUUAAGAAAGCUGUUUCUACCGACACAUUAACUAUGGUUGCUAAUGGUCAAGGCAAUUCUGAAUCGUCUACUCAGAUUGCCAUGGUACAGGGUGGUCUACUACAGCAGUCUAUACCUUUAACAGGACAAGCUGCUCAACUACCCGAAGGCGCUACCAAUUUCAAUUGGAGAAUGGUGCCAGGUCCUGAAGGGCAACUCACUCUAGUUCCCUUCUCUAUUGCUAUGCCUUCUGACGGUCCAGCUCCACCUCUGUUGGGAGCUCUCAAGGCCCAUUCUGGAGGGUCUCAACCCCGGUGCCCAGGUUGUAAGUCUAAGCCGUGCAAAUCGAAGAUCUCCAUGAAGGACUAUGAUGUUGCCUCUAACAUUGCGACUAAGUCGUCGUCGACCUCUAAGUUCUUGGGUGAGGACGAUGAUAGAAGCGGUUCUACCUUCGUCCGUGAAAUUUUGUCUGCUCUAGAAGGCCAUGAUGCUGUUACUAAAUAUCUAUGGGCCAAGCAGAACAUACUUCUGAACUUUUCGAGUUUCGAGGCUCGAUCUCGAAUCGAUUCGGUCCCAGAAGUUAUAUAA